AUGAGCGGCCAUCCUGACGAAAGGGGCAACUCCCCCUCUCCCCCUCCAAUCAUCGGAGAAAAGGACGUUGAGGUCAUCAUGCACGACGCGAUGUUCUCUGAUGAGAAGUAUUUCCAAACAACGACAGUAACAAGAUCGUCACGAGAUGCACAGUCCGACGAUGAGUCGAGCAGUAUCACCAGUGAGCCCCAGGAGCUGGCUCUGUCCAAGUCUCGGGCCAUUGCCCUCGUCGCGACAGCAACUGGCGCAUGCUUCCUGAACACUCUCUCUAUCCAAGCUGUUGUCAUCAUUCUCCCGACCAUCGGCCGAGACCUGAACAUCCCAGAGUCUCGGUUGCAAUGGAUCAUCUCGGCUUACUCUCUCACCUUCGGCUGCUUCCUUCUGUUCUGGGGCCGCAUCGCCGACAUCUUUGGCAAGCGCCUGAUCUUCAUCGCUGGUACCGCAUGGCUCGCUGUCACGACGAUUGCCAAUCCCUUCAUCCCUAACGAGAUUGCCUUCGACGUCUUCCGCGGCCUUCAAGGCCUCGGCGCAGCUGCCAACGUACCUACCGCUAUUGGGAUCUUGGGCACCACAUUCCCACCCGGCAAGGCCAAAACCUACGCUUUCGCUGCCUACGGCGCCGGCGCUCCUCUUGGUAGCAUCUUUGGCAACAUUCUCUCUGGUAUCGUGGCUCAAUAUUCCAACUGGAAGUGGGUUUUCGGCGUUCUCGCGUUGAGCGCUGGCUUGGUCGCCGUGGCCGGUAUCUUCGUCAUCCCUCCUGAGCCGGUCAAGUUGCACAAGAAAGGUGCCAGCAGUGAGCAGUCGGUCGACUGGAUUGGUGGUGGACUGAUCACCAUUGGCCUCCUCGCUCUCAUGCUGGCCCUCACGGAAGGCAACGUGGUCGGCUGGCGUACGCCGUGGAUCUCAGUACUCCUCGUCGUGUCUCUGAUCAUCAUCGUCGCCUUCUGGUUCUGGCAACGCCAUCUGGAGUUCAAGACAGCUCGACCUCCUCUGAUGAAGACGUCCAUUUUCCACAGCGUCAAGUUCUGCGCCGCGCUGGCCAUCAUGGCCCUCUUCUUCUCGUCCUUCAACAACUUCCUGACGUAUGCGACGUACUUCUACCAGCAGUACCAGGGUCAAGAUAUCAUCACAACAACAUUGUACUUUCUCCCCACAGGAGCGGCUGGCAUUCUCGUCGCAAUCGCCGCGGCGAUCCUGAUUUCGCGAGUACCAACGUACCUCCUGCUGCUCUGCGGCAGCGUCUCCGUCUCCAUUGCUUGUCUGUUGUUCGCAGUACCCAUCCCACCAACAACAUCCUACUUCGCCUACGGUCUGCCAGCAAUGAUUCUGUCGGUCAUUGGUUCGGAUACCGCCUGGCCGUCGUUGAUCCUCUUCGUAUCUAAGGCGCUUCCCCAAGAAGACCAAGCACUGGGCGGCGCACUCGUCAACUCUGUGGGGCAAGUCGGCCGAUCUAUCGGUUUGGCCAUCUCUACGGCUAUACAAACCGCCGUCAUGGCAAACGCCAGGGGCAUUUCUGUUGAGAAUGUGGGCCCUGUCAAGGAAUGGGACCAGCCUUCACUAGACGGUAUCAGGGCAGCUUCUUGGAUGAACUUUGCUCUCGGUAUCUCAUCUGUCGUGAUUGUUUGUGUCUUCUUCCGGGGUUCCGAGAUCGUCGGCAAGGCCGAACCGUCUAAGCCCAAGGGGCCCAGAGAUGAAGAAGUAGCGGUCUAA